AUGAGCCCUUCACCCGUGGACCCUGGAGAAGGUCACACAUACUACGCGGUUCUAGGCAUCACCCGCAAACUUCUCCAGGAAGAGGCGGCGGUGCCACAGCAAGUUAUCAAGCGGGCCUAUCACCGCGCUCUCCUCCAAAACCACCCUGACAAAUCCAAAGGACAAGCCCGGGGCACAUCAUCAGCAACUUCCUACGCUAGCAAGCCUGCUUUCACUGUCGACCAAAUAUCCACGGCCUACAAGGUCCUCUCGGACUCGAGGACAAGAGCGGAAUACGACAGAUCCCUCGACCUCGCGCCGAACAACCAAGGGCUCAAGCGCGGCGAGCAGACCUUCCAGACGGGAAUAGAGAACGUUGACCUCGACGACCUUGACUUUGACGAGAGUGACGGCCCCGAUGCCGAGUGCUGGUACCGCAGCUGCCGGUGCGGAAAUCCGCGCGGGUUCCUCUUCACUGAGGCAGACCUCGAAGAGGCGGGCGAGAACGGGGAGCUGCUCGUGGGUUGUCAGGACUGUAGUCUUUGGAUGAAGGUCCACUUUGCCAUAGUCUCGAAUGACUGA